AUGGAAUCAGCAGACAAACAAGUGAGUGAUGCAGACAUGUAUUGGGUACACCAGUUCCGGAGAUUUGUUCCAAGUUCUGGGGAAGCUGAAUCAAGCAUUACACCAGCAUUAAAAGAUAAGUUAAAAACACAAGAUCUGAACCAGCAGCAAGAGAAGGAGGAAAAACUGUCCCUAAAAGAACAAAGAUGUGAUGCAACGGUUGAAAAGUUGAGUUCAAAGUAUGUACAAACUGAAAAAAAUAAUGUUUGCCAUAACAUUCUAGUUGAUGUACAUAAUUCAGAAUCCAGGAAACAGUAUUUGGAUUCAUCAGAAAAGUCAAGUACAGUAGCUGCGCCAAAAGAACCUGUGUCAAUUCACCGACUGACACCUGAGACAUCACAACAAACUGUACAUACACCUAAACUGAAAGUAUCUCACCAACCUGUACGUGGAGCAUUCUAUUCACAGCUGUCUGUACCUAGGAAUACUGUGACACCUAUGGCAUCGCAAGCUAAGACCAUGCAGAAAAUCACUCGGUCAUCUGAGUUAUUUGUGAAACCUGCACAGUCACCCCAACCGCCAACAUGUACUCUGACAUCUAAUGCAUCCCAAGGUGAGACCACCCAGCAAUCUACUCAAUCAUCUGAGUCAUGCAAGAAUCCUGCACAGUCACCAGAACCUGAGGUCUCCUAUAAGUCUACAUGUACUGUGACAUCUAAUGCAUCCCAAGGUGAGACCACCCAACAAUCUACUCAAUCAUCUGAAUCAUGCAAGAAUCCUGCACAGUCACCAGAACCUGAGGUCUCUUAUCAAUCUACAUGUACUCUAGCAUCUAAUGCAUCCCAAGGUGAGACCACCCAACAAUCUACUCAAUCAUCUGAAUCAUGCAAGAAUCCUGCACAGUCACCAGAACCUGAGGUCUCUUAUCAAUCUACAUGUACUCUGACAUCUAAUGCAUCCGAAGGUGAAACCACCCAACAAUCUACUCAAUCAUCUGAAUCAUGCAAGAAUCCUGCACAGUCACCAGAACCUGAGAUCUCUUAUCAAUCUACAUGUACUCUAGCAUCUAAUGCAUCCCAAGGUGAAACCACCCAACAAUCUACUCAAUCAUCUGAAUCAUGCAAGAAUCCUGCACAGUCACCAGAACCUGAGAUCUCUUAUAAGUCUACAUGUACUCUGACAUCUAAUGCAUCCCAAGGUGAGACAACCCAACAAUCUACUCAUUCAUCUGAAUCAUGCAAGAAUCCUGCACAGUCACCAGAACCUGAGGUCUCUUAUCAAUCUACAUGUGCUCUGACAUCUAAUGCAUCCCAAGGUGAAACCACCCAACAAUCUACUCAAUCAUCUGAAUCAUGCAAGAAUCCUGCACAGUCACCAGAACCUGAGGUCUCCUAUCAAUCUACAAGUGCUCUAACAUCUAAUGCAUCCCAAGGUGAAACCACCCAACAAUCUACUCAAUUAUCUGAACCAUGCAAGAAUCCUGCACAGUCACCAGAACCUGAGAUCUCCUAUCAAUCUACAUGUACUCUGACAUCUAAUGCAUCCCAAGGUGAAACCACCCAACAAUCUACUCAAUCACCUGAAUCCUGCAAGAAUCCUGCACAGUCACCAGAACCUGAGAUCUCUUAUCAAUCUACAUGUACUCUAGCAUCUAAUGCAUCCCAAGGUGAAACCACCCAACAAUCUACUCAAUUAUCUGAACCAUGCAAGAAUCCUGCACAGUCAUCAACACCUGAGGUCUCCUAUCAGUCUACAAGUACUCUGAUGUCUAAUGCAUCAAAACAACCUGAACAGGAAGAGUCAUAUGUUGAAAUUGUGGGAGAAAUAAUUUCAAUCACAACACCUGGAGAUAGACAGGAUUCCUCACAUGAAACCUCUAAAAAACCUUUAUCAAAAACAGCAGCAGGACCUGUUCCACCUGCUGUAGGACCUAUACCUAUUAAACCAUUGCCACCAGCCAAACAAGACAAAAAAUCAGAAAUAAUUUGCAUUGACUCUGAUUCAGACUCUGAUAUUGAGAUAAUAUCAGAACAUAAAUCUCCUUCUUUAGAUGACUUUAAUGAUCAGUACUGGAUGCUACAAAGUCAAAGAUUCGUUAAAAAAUCUAGUGACAAGACAACUAUAAAUAAGAAAAAGAAACACUCUGUAAAAUCUAAGAAAAACGAUGGAACGAAAAAGCUUGUUAAAAAACGUGAUGUCGGCAAACAAAAUAAGGCUUCAAAAGCAAAGACUAAGAAAAGAAAAAAAGGCAAUGAAGAAAUUAUAAAAAGGCCCCAAAGGAGAACAAGAUGGUCAAGUAUCCAUCAGUUGAAGCCUCCAGAAAAGGAAUCACUGAUAGGCAAAGAAGUAGAAGGUGAUGUUGAUGAAUACCUUGCAGAGAAAUGUUCUGAUUCUGAUUCUGAUUCUGAUUGGUUUCCUACUUCAGAAUCUGAUUCUGAUUCUGAUUGGUGUCCAAAACGGCCAAAAGAUAAAUUACAUAAUACUUCACUUGAUAAAAAAGACCAGUUAAGUCAAAUUAACUCACAAACAGAAGUUGAGAACAAUCAGGGCAUUGGUACAGCUUGUGUUUUGUCACCUGAUGAACAAAGUAAAAAAGGUGAUACAGCAAGUAGCACUCUUUCCCCAUCAAGUACUAAUAACACAUCCUUGAAGUCUAACCAAAAGAAGCAAGUCAGUAGCUCAUUUUCUGACCAAACAGUGACUCGAAUUAUUUUAAAAACAUUAGAAAACAAUAGUGGGACCACCAAAUCUGCUGAAGGAACAUUGUUAGCUAGUGAAAUGAAAGCCACAUCUCCAGCAAAACAUUCCAGUGAAACUUGUUUGGAUCCACACGAUAUGAUUAAUGAUUGCAAAUUAGCUGAAUCUCCUGUGAUUCAGUCUGAAGAAUCACAUAAAUCACAUGGGAAAUGUAUUGAUAGUAAACAUUCUGAAAACCAGAUCUUACAACAAAACAAUGUAUCACAUAAGAAUCCAGCAUUAAAUGAACCUGCAGAAGAUUCAGGUACAGUUCAAGAUUAUUCUAGUGAUGAAGUGCAAUAUAAUAAUAAUAUUCGUAAUGAUGUUCAUGAGUUGUUGAAUGAAUUUUCUCCAUCCAAUAAACAAGUAACACCAGGCACAUCAGAAAUGACAAGCAAACCAUUACAGGAAGUUGGAAUGUCUGAUUCUUGGGUUGACCAGGAUGUUGCAAUGGAUGACUAUUGGGUUGACCAGGUGCAACGUUUUCUGCCAAAGGUCUCUGAUGACACAUCUUGCAAUUUCACCAAAAGUCCUUUAAAAACCAAGAAAACUGUAAAGCAGAAAAAGGUGUGGCCACAAGAACAAAUUAGUAAAAAAAAACAUGUUGGUAGUGAGUCAACAUCUACGAAACCCAAUAUAAAUAAGAAUAAAUCAUUGGAUACCUCUCUCAAAUCUAUGAAAACAACUGCAAAAAGGGGAAGAGGAAGACCUAGAAAAGUCAGCACAGAGCAGCCAGGACAGCAAAACUGCAAAGAACAAUUAAUUACUACAUUUAGUGAAACAUUUAAAAAUACAUCAACAAUGUUACCUAAAAAAGAACUUUCCUUACUGCACAAUACACACAAGCCAAGUGCAGGACCAGAACCAUUUGAAACAAGUGCAUUAGUAGAAACAUCUUCCACAAUUUUGAAAACAUCUGCAAUUAAAGAAAAGGAAAGACUCCAGCAAUUAUGUAGAAAACAACCACUACAGCAAAGCAAUGAACCACACCAUGCUACUGAUAUUCAACCAAAAAAUAUUACCCAUAGUGAAAGUUUACCACCAGGACAAUUUGAAACUGCAACUCAAAAAAGAAGAAGAGGAAGACCUUGCAAACAGAACAAACAGGAAAGCAAGAAACAAAAAGAAUCUGCACUUGGUGAAACAAUUGAAGAUGCAUCAACACCUUCUACAAAGGAAGCAACAUGCUCUGAGCACAUACAAACUGAAGCAAAUAAAACUUGUUAUCCUAAACUGACUGCUAAAGAAAUCAAAGCUUUUUCUCAUGGGAACAAAUUACCUGAAAUAAAAACAGAGCCAUUAGAAGAAGAAUUUGUUACCCCUAUAAAUGACAGAGAACUAGAUACAGACGGUUCACCUUCUGCUGGGUAUGAUGAAGAAAAAAGUGAUCUUUUUCAUUUACUCCAUCCUCCAAACAAUGAUCAGAAUGAUAAAUUGACAGAAACAAAUUCUACAGAUUAUUGGAUUAAUGAAUCGCAUAGAUUUGUCAAGCCUAAAAAAAAAUGCUCAUCUGAAGGGGGUGUGGAGUUAGACAACUCGUAUAAUACACAAUUACCUGUUGUGCAGAAUCUGAAAUAUGUACAGUCAUUUCAGCUAGAGCAUGAAGAGGCACCACAACGACAAGGAACUGCUGAGCUGCAGCAAAAACGAGAAAACCAUCAAACAAAACAUGAACAGCAGUCUGAUCAACAUGACCCUGAACAUAAUCUGGUAUUGCCCUCACCCAACAGUAAUUAUCAAUCAAGGGAGCAAUCUCAGCUGCAGAUUCAACAGAGUAGUUGCUCAAUUCAAUCAAUCCAACAGUCUCCAGAACAACUUGCUGACACAUUUGUGAAACGUCAGCGACAAAUUGAUGACAAUUUAGUGGAAACAUUAUUGCAACAGUUGAAACAAAGUAAACAACUGCUUCAAAUGUAUAGUGAACAAAUUCAGAAUCAGCAAGUGUUAUUACAAAAACUCCAAGAUCAACAACAGCAAUUUCGAGAACAACAUUCUAGCCUAAGUGGGGAAAUGCAACCACAACCUCAGCUGCAUGUUCACAAUCAGUUGCAGCAAGAUCUUGAGAGUCAGUUGCAGAAUCAAAAAGAUAUACUUUUUCAACAGGAAUCACAGCUUCAGGAUAUUCUGGAUAAAAAUGCUUUAGAUGAACACAAUGUAAAAACAGCUAAAGAUAACACUGAUGCACAGAUGGUCUAUAUUGGAGACAACCAACCAGUUAUGCUAGAUUCACAUGUUGAGGUACAGUCAUCAGUAAAACUGUCUUUGAUGAACCAAUACACAUCACACCAAGCACAGGCUUCAAGACAGCCACAGCAUACAAUCGUGUCGGAUCAACAAGUUAAUGCAGGUGCGGUACAGCAACUAACACAGAGACAGUUACAGUUUGAGCAACAACAAUUAAAAGAAAAUCUAAUACAGCAUGUGCCAAUAGAUCUACCACAAGUAUCAUUAAGCACACAGCACAUACAACAACAAAUGCCAUUUAAUCAACAAGAGCAAUUAAUAAAUCAGUUACAACAACAAGAAAGAAGCAAUGUACAAAAACAAAUACCAAUCCAUAAUCCCCAUCAGGUGCCAUUCAACCAACAUGUGGAGCAACAACAAAUGCAAGUAAAUCAGCUGCAACAUCAAAUGGCAUCAAAUCAACAACAAAUGCCAGUUUGGCAAUCGCAACAAGUUGGUUCACCGAGUAAUGCGUACAAUGUAAAUCGAAUACCAACAAAUCAGUAUGAACAACAAGUAUCAGUGACACCAUUGUUGCAAGAACCAAGGUCAGUAUGUCAGUUGGAGCAACAAAUGCAACCUGCAACAUAUGACCCACUAAUAAACCAGCAGAACCAACAGCAGUCCAUAACUCAACAUGAUGGUGUGACUCAACUAACACCAAGACAGUCAGAGCCCUUAGAACAGUGGAACAAAGCUGAAGCUUUGAAGAGGUUGCUAAUUGAAAGGCGGCAGACUCAAAGGAAUUGUCAGCCUGGACAGUGUCUGAAACAAUCAGUAAAGACAAACCAACAAUCCAAGGAAGAUCAUCUGCUCAGUGUUUGUUGUCAAAAAGAGCAAGAAUCGGGAGCUUGGCAGCAACAACUAAGAUCAACAAUCCACAAAGACAAGGGGAGCCAGGGGCAAAGCACAUUUGCUCCUGUACAAAUACAUGCACCUUUUCAACAACAACAACAACAACAACAACCUAUACCUAAUCAAAGAGAAUUGUAUCAACAACUGUCUCCACAAUUUUCUUCUGUAAACACUUUUUCCUCCAAGCCAAUGUGA